AUGCAAGCAAUCAAGUGUGUAGUCGUCGGUGAUGGAGCAGUCGGUAAGACCUGUCUGCUCAUCUCUUACACAACCAACGCCUUCCCAGGCGAGUACAUCCCAACUGUCUUUGAUAACUACAGUGCUAAUGUUAUGGUCGAUGGAAAGCCAAUUAACUUGGGUCUAUGGGAUACUGCCGGACAAGAGGAUUAUGAUCGUCUGCGUCCACUGUCAUACCCACAGACUGACGUGUUCCUGAUCUGUUUCUCCAUCAUCUCACCAUCGUCGUUUGAGAACGUCACUGCCAAGUGGCACCCAGAGAUCUGCCACCACGCACCAAAUGUGCCCAUCAUCCUGGUCGGCACCAAGUUGGAUAUGCGUGACGACAAGGAGACCCUGGACAGACUCAAGGAGAAGAAGCUGAACCCAAUCUCCUACGAGCAAGGCAUGGGCAAGAUGAAGGAGAUCCAGGCCGUCAAGUACCUCGAGUGUUCUGCCCUCACCCAGAAGGGACUCAAGAACGUAUUCGACGAGGCCAUCAGAGCUGUCAUCAACCCACCUCUCAAGAAGAGCAGGAAAGAGUCCAAAGGAUGUCUUAUUUUGUAA